AUGAACAGUACAUCUCCAAAUCUAAACAAUUCAGGCGACUUGGUUUCUGUGGAACACCCAAAAUCCCACAAGCAAAACCUAUGUCGUUUUUGCAAACUAUUUCAAGAACAUUACCCACCUGGUUUUCUUAGAAAGAUAGUGGCGGAGGCAAUAGCAACGUAUCUAUUGGUGUUUGUGACGUGUGGUGCGGCUGCACUUAGUGCAAGCGAUGAACAAAAAGUAUCGCAACUAGGUGCCUCUGUGGCUGGUGGGCUUAUAGUCACCGCCAUGAUCUAUGCCGUUGGACAUAUCUCUGGUGCACACAUGAACCCUGCUGUCACUCUAGCUUUCGCCGCCAUCAGGCAUUUCCCAUGGAAUCAGGUUCCUCUCUAUGCUGCAGCCCAACUAACAGGAGCCAUUUCGGCCUCAUUUACCCUGCGCAAAUUACUUCACCCAAUAAAAAAUUUAGGCACCACUUCACCUUCUGGAACGGAGUUACAAGCUCUGAUCAUGGAGAUUGUGGUAACUUUCUCAAUGAUGUUCAUUGCUUCAGCAGUGGCAACUGACACCAAAGCUGUAGGGGAGCUGGCAGGUAUGGCAGUAGGUUCAGCCGUAUGCAUAACCUCCAUCUUGGCCGGACCUAUAUCAGGAGGAUCGAUGAACCCAGCAAGGACCAUAGGCCCUGCUCUAGCCAGUUCAUACUACAAGGGAAUUUGGGUAUACCUGGUCGGAACAGUAUCAGGCACACUACUUGGUGCAUUGUCAUACAAUUUUAUUCGGGGAACGGACAAGCCAAUCAAUGCAAUUUCACCAAGUCUAUUGUCAUUCAAACAUCCACAAAUGACGAGUGAUGAUGAGCAAAUUGUGGAUAAAGAUCCUCUCAAUUCACUGUAACUAUUGCACCACUUCAACGAAAUGACAGAAAAACCCAGCAAAUCAAGAUGGCCUUCAUUGCUUUACACAGCUUACGUACAUGUACAUAAAGGUUUACAGAUAAAACUCGCG